CACCAUCGGUAAUUUCAAGGUAUUAUAUACACACACAAUUAAACACACACACACAAAAAUAUCUUUUUCGUUCAGCGUUAUUCUAAGGGAUCGUAGAGAAUGCAGCAGAUCAAUGAGAUGGAAGAAAAGUUUGAAGAUUGGAGAGGAAGAGAGGCAAUCCCCGAUAAACAUGGUGGGAUUAAAGCUGCUUCCAUUGCUUGUGUUGUGGAGAUGAUGGAGAAUAUGGUGUUCUUAGCAUAUUCAACCAACUUCAUCACAUACUUUAAGAAAUCAAUGCAUUACUCGUCAGCCGAAGCAUCAAACAUGGUGACCAAUUUCACAGGAACAUCGUUUUUGCUCACUAUCUUUGGUGGUUUUAUCGCCGACUCUUUUCUCACUCGCUUCACCGCUUUCGUCCUCUUUUGUUCGAUUGAACUCCUGGGCUUGAUCUUGUUGACGCUCCAAGCUCAUAACCCUAACUUACAACCUCAUGGAGAUAACACUCCUUCGACACUUCAAUCAGCGGUUCUAUUCACCGGACUUUACGCGGUAGCUACUGGUGUUGGAGGUGUCAAGGCCUCGUUGCCUGCUCACGGAGGUGACCAGCUUGAUAGUCGAAAGCAGAGUCUGAUCUCAGGAUUCUUCAAUUGGUAUUACUUCUGUAUCUGCUUUGGAGGUUUAUUGGCUGUAACCAUUAUGGUUUGGAUCGAGGAGAACAAAGGAUGGAGCUCUAGCUUCGAUAUCACAACCGUGGUUUUAGCCUCUGCGCUCGUUAUUUUCGCUACGGGAUUCCCGAUGUAUCGGUUCAAGCGUCCAACAGGAAGCCCUUUGACAAGAAUUGUGAAUGUGUUAGUUUCUGUCGCAAGAAACCGAAAUAGGUUUGUAACGGAUGCAGAGAUGACGCAGAGUCAUAACUCUACCGACAAAACCAUUCAUUACAACAAGUUCAAGUUUUUGAAUAAAGCGAAGCUCAACAAGAAGAUCUCAGCAACAGAAAUUGAAGAAACAAGAACGUUUCUAGCUCUCCAACCAAUUUUUGCGAGCACUAUUGUCAUGAACUGUUGCUUAGCACAACUAUCGACCUUCUCGAUACAACAAGGCAUGCUGAUGAAUAGAAAACUCUCGCAUUCCUUCGAGGUCCCUGCCGCUUCCCUCCACGCCAUUGCUCUCUUGUUUAUGCUCUCUUCUAUAGCUUUCUACGAACUCUUUGAAAAAAAGAUCUCAUUAAGCAACAUGAACGAAAGGUCAGCGAGCUUCAAUUUGAAACGCAUAGGAGCUGGCUUAGCUCUUACCUCUCUUUCAAUGGCAAUUGCAGCUAUUGUAGAGGUCAAGAGAAAACAUGAAGCGGUACACAACAACUUAAGAAUCUCUGUGUUCUGGUUAGAGAUUCAGUAUGUUUUGUUGAGUUUCUCGGAUUUGUUGACUCUUGGAGGAAUGUUGGAGUUCUUCUAUAGAGAAUCUCCGGCGAGUAUGAGGAGCAUCAGCACGGCGUUAGGGUGGUGCUCCACCGCGUUGGGUUUCUUUCUCAGCACGGUUCUUGUUGAUGUCAUUAAGUCGGGGACGGGAUGGCUCAGCGGAAAAGAUCUUAAUGAGUCAAGGCUCGAACUGUUUUAUGUGGUCUUGUGUGUUCUUAACACUCUUAAUCUUUUUAAUUAUAUUUUCUGGGCGAAAAGAUUUUAAGCAAAAAGAACCAAAUUGUGUUUAGUUGUAUUAUGUAAAACUCAUUUUUAUUUUACUAUUAGCUUUGGCAUCAUAGCUUUUAGUGAAGAUGCUAUGCAUGUAUUGUGUGUGCUGGUUAUGUAGUGGAAGUCCAAAUCAAAAUGUUUCUUGUGGUGGUUCACAAUUUCCCAAUGUAGUUGAGAUGUCAUUGUAAU